AUGGAGCAUCACCCGAGUAGCAAUAUUGAAGCAGAAGUAUAUGUGUUUAAUGAUUUCAAACGUCGUCCUGCGGUCCCUUUGGAACCCCCUUCUAAUACCGAGCCUUGGCGUCCAUUCCAUUCCCGACUUGAGUUCGAAGUCGCUGAACUUGCCCUUGAGGCGGGUUUAAAUAACGAACAAACCGACCGACUUAUCAAAAUAUGUCAUCGUUGCGCCGUUGGGAAGGAAAAUUUCACAUUCAAGAACCACAAAGACAUCCAUGUCAAGUGGGAAGCGGGUUCUUUUCGCAUUACUAAGUUUACCAAGGAAGUCAUUUCGGUCCCAUAUGACGGCAAAACGUGGAACUUCGACCUACAUUACAGGGAUCUCUGGGGAUUAGCUAGUGACCUACUUGGGGACCCUCACAUUUUCCACAUUUCACGUUUGACGUGCAACACUUAUCUAAGCGGGAAGCCCUUGGCCUUCAUACUAUACACUGACAAAACAAGACUAUCAUCGUUUGGGACAGUGAAGGGCUAUCCUGUGGUUGCACAUUUAGCGAAUCUGCCCACUGGUAUUCGAAAUGGACGAGGCACCGGUAGCGGCUACGUGGUAGGAUGGCUACCAAUUGUAAAGGAAGAUAAGGACUAUGCUGGAAAGCCCAGCUGGGUAAACUUCAAAAACACGGUCUGGCACGAGUCGUUUCGAAGAAUCACGUCGUCGUUAGCAUCGAAAUCGAGGGUGGGACAAUGGUUCGCUUGCAUGGAUGGCGUUGAACGCUGGUUUUUCCUUAUUGUGCUUAUUUUGUCUGCUGACUAUGAGGAGCAGUGCGUGAUGUCGCUAACACGAGGAGUCAUGAGCCUAUGGCCAUGUCCCAUAUGUCUUGUCCCUCGAGAUGCACUCAGCGAUACCUCGAAGACGUACAUGCGCCGGACUGCGGAUGAUUCACGUGCUGCAGUAACAACUGCACGAGCAAAAGAUACCAUAGAAGAGCAAGAGGAGGUUCUAAAAGUACUAGGACUACGUAACAUCGAGAAUGCACUAUGGGCCAUACAAUACUCAGACGUCCAUAGGGCGUUGUCGCAUGACCGAUGCCACUUUAAUCAUGGCGGGCUUUGGUCGCGUCACUAUUGGGUUGAACUGCAGAAAUACAUAGCAAGACUCGGACGAGCAAAAGUAUCACAAGUUGAUAAGGCAUAUCAAGCAUUCCCUCGCUGGCGGGAUCUACGGCACCCGAACCAAGUGAUGAAUGUUUCGUUUGUGGACAGUGCCAUGCAUGAAGAUAUUUCAAAGAUGAUCAUCUACGCUACGCAUAACAUCCUGACGGAGGACGAAUUACCACUUGGAUACCUUUUGCUCCGAUGUGUGCGACUUUACCUUGAGGCCGAUAUAUAUGCUGCAUUUGAAGUUCACACAACUGCGACAAUCAGCGCAGGGAGAGGUGCUGUCCAGGCCCUGACGGCACUUAUGAAGCAAUAUAUCAUUAAAACUGAGGAUGACGAUGAAUCAGACAAGGAUUGGAAUUUUCCGAAGUUGCACAUGUUGAUGCACUUAUUCGACGACAUCGAGGCCAAAGGAGCUUCAAGGAAUUACAAUACAAAGCCAAACGAGCAGAUGCACGGACCGUUGAAGGACUGGUACCAGGAACGAACUAACUUUAAAGAUUUUGCAGAACAGAUCCUUCGAAUAGAUCACUGGUUUCAUGUUGCAGACGAUAUUCGUCGUCGUCUCUUGGACUUAGAUGACCAUCUAAUGUUCACAUCACAAGGCCAAGCAAACAAUGAUGAUGACAAAGAUGAAGAUGAAGAUGCUCAGCGCCCUGUGAGUGACUUCCUCCCUGGUUUGAACAUCGAUGGGUCUCUGCAUGUGAAACUCGGUUCCAGCCAGGCUCCACAGACAUUUGCUCUCAUUGAGAAUACUCACCAGAACGAUGACGCAUUCACCAACUUCCGUGUCAAGCUCAACUCAUUUCUAAACGACUUCCUCCCUGCCUGCAACAUACCCCUUCCAGAUGGAAAGAGAAUUCACCUCAAAUCAGAUGUUGCAGUUACUGCACAUCAAUUUCUGCGAGUGAACUUCGAGUCCCUCGUAGAUUGGCGGCAACACACGGACUACUUGCGGUGCAACCCAUGCUUCUAUAAUGCACCCCGCUUCGAUUGUGUCUUCAUUCAGACCCGUGCGAAUGUCAUCAUUGGACGUCUGCUCUUCCUUUUUGAUUGCCCAGUUGGAGAGGAUCUGUUUCUGCUUGCUCUUGUCCAUCCAUUCGAUGCUCGCACAGGUACGCGACUUCGAAAGGACGGACAGCUCAAUCUUUUCAGGGUUCGAGCAAAACCACGAGCACAAGCCGAAUUUUUCUCGGUCAGGUCGAUCAUUCGUGGGGCACUUCUAGUGCAUGGUGCCAGCCUUGAUUACCUUGUCGUUGACACGGUUGAUACCGACAUGUUCCUCCGGGUGAAGGAAAUGCAUUUGCAGGCUGGACAUGUAGUUCGCAUUUGA